AUGGACUACAAGCGCUCCGUAAUUAUCACGGGCGGCACAAUCAGCAUGGGCUACCACGCCGCCCUCUCAAUCGCCCGCCUCCACCCAGACUACCUCAUUGUCCUCUCCUCGCGCUCGGAUCCAAACCACGCCGCGGACACAAUCAACAAAACCCUAAGACAGAACAAUGUCAUAUAUCUUCCUCUUGAUCUCUCUUCCUCCUCCAACAUCCGGGCCUUCGCCAAAGAAUGGAGUCAGAAGGCGUUUCCACCUGUCCAAGCCCUCCUACUAAACGCCGCUUUGCAGUUCCCCGGAGCACUGACGCUCACGGACGAAGGCAUUGAAAAGACCUUCGCAAUCACACACGUCGGACACGCUUUACUUUUCCACCUUAUCUGCCCUUCCCUCGCUCCCAAAGCACGCAUUCUGAUAACAGCGUCCGGCGUCCACGAUUCCGCGCUCAAAACCGGCAUGCCAAAACCAAUUUACACUUCCGCUGAACAGCUAGCGCAUCCGCCAAGUGAAAUUGCAAAGGGCGAUGGAAGGACACAUUAUGUUAAUGCGAAGCUAGCAAAUAUUCUCUGGACGUAUGCGCUGCAGAAGCGGCUUGACGAGAGCGGAAAUGAGAGGGAUAUUUGUGUGAAUGCGAUGGAUCCAGGUCUUAUGCCUGGCUCAGGCUUAGCAAGAGAAUAUCCCCCGUUCUUUCGGUGGCUGUGGAACAAUGUCUUACCAAGAAUUAUGCCGGUGUUGAGGUUGGCGUUUGGGACGAGAAACAUUCAUUCGGUUGAGGAAAGCGGCGAGGCCUUGGCACGGUUGGGCGUUGCUGAAGAUGUGGAGGGUGUGAAGGGGAAGUAUUAUGAGGGGAAGAAAGAGAGGAAGAGUAGUGUUGAGAGUUAUGAUGUGAAGAAGCAGGAUGAUUUGUGGGAGUGGACGGUGGAGUGGGCGGCGAGAGAUGGGGAGGAGUUGGGAAAAUUCAAGAGCUUUGCUUAG